GCUAAGUCACACUCAAACGAAUUGCUACUAAGAGAUGGCUCUCCUUUAUAAGUCAGAGGCAGAUGUAGAAACCAAGGCCACUGCUGAGCAAUUCUACCGCACAUUUGGAACACGAGCACAUCAGGUUCCUAACGCAGCUCCUACUCGAAUUCAAAAAGUCGCCGUGCACCAAGUGGGCGUAGCUGAGACUUUCAAAGAGAAGGUGGAGUUAGACGAGGAAAGCAAAACAGUGAGAUUGGUUGGGUUGGAAGGAGAUCUCUUCAACCAUUACAAGAGCUACGUUGUUACCCUUAAGGUAAUUCCAAAGGGUCAGGGAGGUGUGGUGAAACUUACGUACAAUUGAAUUGGAGAAGCUGAAGGAGGAUGCAGCGGAUGAAUACAAGUGUCUUGAUUUUGGAUUUGGUCUUAUAAAAGAUACUGAUGCUUGUCUUGUCAAGGCAUGAAGGAAGAUGGAUCUCUAGCUCUAGCUAGAUAUCCUUUCUUUUGAUGUAAUGUUAAGUUCUUGAUAUGAGGAAGUAUAAUGGGUGUGGUUAUGAAUCUGUAAUCCAAAACUUGGUGUGCUCUCAGCUGGCUAGCCAUGCAUUUUUCUUGUUUGUAAUAAUUAUAAUAAGAUAGCGAGGGUGUU